GUGUGUGUAUGCGAGAAAGAGAGAGAGAGUGCGCGCAUGCCUUGCGCUCUGCUGUGCUGCAGUGGAGCCUCAGACGCCGAGCCGAUCGCUACUCCUCCGUGGAGGGCACCUCAUCCUCCUUGGUUUUCCUUUUUUUUUUUUUUUUCUUCGUUUUCGCUGCUUUCUGUUCCCUUUUUUUCGCCACUCGCCGUCAGGAAAGGGGAGGGGGGGCGGCCCUGAUGGUGAAAGAGGGAUGCUAAAGCAGUGAGAAGUGCAGGGAAUUGAGGGAAGACAGUACAGAAAGAGAGAGGGAAAAAGAGAGAAUGGGAAAAACCCAUCCACACCCAUGACUGGCUGUCAUCAUCGAAUUGGCGGAACGCGAGCGGUCCCACAUGUCACCCUUGAUGCACGCCGCUGACAGACCAGCCGUAUUCAUGGUCCCCCAUCCAGUACUUCGAUGAAGACAGCUACCCCUCCCCUCCCAGGAAUAUGAAAGGUCUAUCAGGCGGCCGCCCCCAGUUGACCAUCACACCCGGACACACCUGCGGCCUGACGGACUGUGACCACUCCCUGGACCACCUGCAGCAUGGCGCCCCGGACUCCCGCUCCUCGUACCUGCUCAGCCCCACGGACAGCUGCCCCAUGGACCACCACCGCUGCUCGCCGCGGAGCUCCAUCCACUCCGAGUGCAUGGUGAUGCCCGUCUCCAUGGCCUCAGACCACGUCUCCAGCAGCACCUUUCCCAGGAUGCACUACAGCUCACAUCAUGAGAGUUCCCGGGAGGACGGCUCCACUGGACACAGUGGCGGAGGAGGGGGAGGUGGAGGAGGAGGAGGUGGAGGCGGUGGUGCAGGUAGGAGUGGAGGUUCUGGGAAGAUGAACCGAAUUCCAGCCAACCUCCUGGACCAGUUCGAAAAGCAGCUCCCCAUCCACCGCGAUGGCUUCCACACGCUGCAGUACCAGCGCACUUCCACCACCACCACCACCAGCGAGCAGCGCAACGAGAGCCCCGGGCGCAUCCGGCACCUGGUGCACUCCGUGCAGAAGCUCUUCACCAAGUCCCACUCGCUGGAGGGCUCGUCCAAGAUGAACGGCACCAAGGGUGACUCGCGCUCGGACUCCGGCCACCACCACCACGGCCACCACCACGGCCACCAUAAACACAGCAAGAGGAGCAAAAGCAAGGAGCGCAAGAGCGACUCCAAGCACCGCUCAGGGAUAGCCGGCUGGUGGAGCUCCGACGACAACCUGGACAGCGACAGCACCUACCGGACUCCCAGCGUCAUGAGCCGCCACCACGUGGAUCACAUAAGCCACUGCUACCCAGACUCGGUCCAGAGCCACUUCGGGGACCUCUCGCUCAAGACCUCCAAGAGCAACAACGACGUCAAGUGCUCGGCUUGCGAGGGAAUGGGCAUGGCUCCCGAGGGCAAGUUCAUGAAGCGGAGCUCUUGGUCCACGCUGACUGUUAGCCAGGCCAAGGAGGCUUAUCGCAAGUCCUCGCUCAACCUGGAGAAACCUAUGAUGCCUCAAGACCUAAAGUCCUCCAUGAGGCCUUGUCAUUAUCUGCAGGUUCCUCAGGACGAAUGGGGGGGCUACCCCGGGGGGAAAGAUGAUGAGAUCCCAUGCCGGCGGAUGAGGAGCAGCAGUUAUGUAAAGGCUAUGGGAGACGAGGAGAGUGGAGAUUCGGACGGCAGCCCCAAGAACUCACCACAGAAGAGCGUACGGCCCGGAGGACUAAUCAAAUCUGUGCUCCAGAGGCAGCUGUCUGAUCAGAGCUCGUACCGUUUGGAUAAAUCGAGCAGUGACGUGGUUAAGUACCUCACCAAUUUCGCUGCAGACUUAAGUCAGAGCUACCACCUGCAGGCCUCGAGGGAGAUCCACCCCAGCAUCACGCUGGACCCCUCGCCCAACUACAACUCUCCCAAAUUCCGCUCUCGCAACCAGAGCUACAUGAGAGCCGUCAGCACCCUGAGUCAGGCCAGCUGCGUCAGCCAGGUCAGCCAGGUGAGCGAGACGGAGAUAAACGGGCAGUUCGAGUCGGUCUGCGAGUCGGUGUUCAGCGAGGUGGAGUCGCAGGCCAUGGAGGCGCUGGACCUGCCCGGCUGCUUCCGCACGCGAAGCCACAGCUACCUGCGGGCCAUCCAGGCCGGCUACUCGCAGGACGACGACUGCGUGCCAUCCAUGACCUCGUCUACCGUCACCUCCACCAUCAGGUCCACGGCUGGGAUCCAGUUCCGCCUCCCAUCAUCAGGCAGCGUGGACAGACCCUCCCAACAACCUCCAGCGGUCACCUACACUCCCAGCACUCCCACCUAUAAGCGGACGCCCCCUCCUGUUCCUCCCCGCAGCACCUCCAAACCCCUCAUCUCCAUCACAGCACAGAGCAGCACUGAGUCCACCCAGGAUGCCUACCACGAGGGCCGUCUGUCCAGAGGAGGUAUGUGGGGUUCGGAAGGCCUGGGGCUAGGUUUGGGCCGGGCCCUCUACAACUCCACAGACAGCCUCGACAGCGCCAAAGCGGUCACCAUAGCCAUGGAGGCGGCGGCCAUGGCGAUGGCGGGAAAGAGACACCCGUCCACCGACAGCCACAGCUCUGUGAUGACCUGCGACAAAGCGGUGCUGGUGUCCAAAGCUGAGGAGUACCUGAAAACACCCAGGUCCUCUAUAGGGAUACAGGUGGAGGCGGCCACGGAUUCCGAGUCGGAGAGCAAAGGGUCUCGGGAAUAUCAUUCCGUGGGGAUUCAGGUGGAGGACGACAAGCGGAUGGGCAGAUUUAAGCGCUCCAACAGCGUGACAGCGGCGGUGCAGGCCGACCUGGAGCUGGAGGGCUUCCCCGUGAUGGAGGAUAAGGGUCUGCAGUUCGGUGGGGGCGGCGGGGGUUUCCAUCGCCAUAGCGAGCCCAGCACGCCCACGCAGUACGGGGCGGUCCGCACUGUGCGCACGCAGGGUCUCUUCAGUUACCGCGAGGACUACCGGCCCUCCGCAGAGCCCGCCAGCCCCCAGCGCAGCCCCGAGCCCUGGCUGGAGCCUCCAGGGGGCGCCAGAGAGCCACAGGCUACCGUGGCGGUAACGGUGACCCCUCCACAGGCCUCAGACUCAGGCAGGGUGUCGCCCUCGACUCGGCGAGACGGCAGCUGGUUCAUGCAGCUCCUGCACACCGAGACCAAGAGGAUGGAGGGAUGGUGUAAAGAGAUGGAGGGAGAGGCAGAGGAGAACGACAUGUCGGAGGAGAUCCUAGGUAAGAUCCGGAGUGCAGUGGGGAGUGCUCAGCUUCUCAUGUCCCAGAAAUUCCAGCAGUUUUACUGGCUGUGUCAGCAAAACCUGGACCCCAGUGCCAUGCCGCGGCCCACCUCUCAGGACCUGGCUGGAUUCUGGGACCUGCUGCAGCUCUCCAUCGACGACGUCACCGCCAAGUUUGACGAACUGCAGAAGAUCAAGAACAACGACUGGAGGCUCAUCGAGAGCCCUGUGAAGAAGCUCCCGCCCCCCGUACCAAAGAAGACGCUGCGUAAAGGUGUGACACGGGAGAAGUCUCUGGACCUGCCUGACCGACAGAGGCAGGAAGCGCGGCGGCGGCUGAUGGCCGCUAAGAGAGCGGCUUCGUUCCGCCAGAACUCGGCCACGGAGCGAGCGGACAGUAUCGAGAUCUACAUCCCUGAAGCGCAGACGAGACUGUGAGAGAGAGAGAAAGAGAGAGAGAACGUGAGAGAGAAAGAGAGAGAGAGAGAGAGAGAGACAUAAUCGGAGUGGGAAGGCCUUUGUCUCCACGCCUUUAUCACCACAUGAGCUCCUCCCACUUCACACCAUCAUCAGCUGUGGUAUCAUUCCUCUUCAGGCAGCAGCGGUUCCCACACACCCCAGUCCCAGUCCUCAGCCACGCAACACCAGGGGGUCUGCGUCUGACCUCUGAUAUAAAGAGCUCAACACUAGCAGGAAACAUCAAGGCCAAUUUCAAACGAAUGAAGUAAUGAAGUGUUUGGGACAGACACGAACAGCAGCCAAUAGAAUCGAAGAAAUAGAAUUUUUACAAAUUUUUAAAGCAACUCUAACUUAAGGCACUUUCUUUCUUUCUUUCUUUUUUUAACACCAAUCAGCCAUAAUAACAAACCCACCAAAACUUUAAAACCACUUAGUGUUGUGAAGGCCCCCCUCUUGUGUGACAAAAACAUUCUUGAUCCAUCGAGUCACGGACACUUUAAACACAUUAUCUAUGAGCAAAGGUGUAAAAAAAAGUAUUCACUCUUUACUAUUCAUUACUCAGGUAGAAGUAUAAAAUAUUUCUGUAAAAAAAAACAGUUUUCAAAAGUAAUGUAAGGUAAAAAAAAAAAACAUUGUUAUAUUAAAAUGGUAAUGUUGAUACAUUUGGGAUUCACUAGGCUCUCUGAUUCAACUGCACAUAUGCCCAUUAAAAAAUGAAUGUACAGCUCUGAAAAAAAA